CUCAGCGGUCAUGGCAGUCAGACUGUGUGAUGUGGCUUCUCUUCUGAGAAGUGGAUCAUGGGCUGCUGAGCCGUGGACUGGGCAGGUGAUUGCUGCCAUGGAGACGCAGCUGUCCAACGGGCCCAACUGUACCAGCAAUGACCCCAACAACGUCUCUAAUAACUGCUCGUCACCCACAGAGACGCCCGACAGCACCGAGGACAGUAAAACCAACCUGAUCGUCAACUACCUCCCUCAAAACAUGACGCAGGAGGAGCUGAAGAGUUUGUUCGGCAGCAUCGGAGAAAUUGAGUCUUGCAAACUUGUGCGAGACAAAAUCACAGGUCAGAGUCUGGGCUAUGGGUUUGUCAACUAUGUGGAGCCCAAAGAUGCAGAGAAAGCCAUCAACACUUUAAAUGGACUGAGGCUGCAGACCAAAACCAUUAAGGUGUCGUAUGCUCGACCGAGCUCUGCGUCCAUCCGUGAUGCUAACCUGUAUGUGAGCGGUCUGCCAAAAACCAUGACACAGAAAGAACUGGAGCAGCUUUUUUCUCAGUAUGGACGCAUCAUCACAUCCAGAAUCCUUCUCGAUCAAGUCACAGGUGUGUCCAGAGGUGUUGGGUUCAUUCGUUUUGAUCGUCGUGUUGAAGCGGAGGAGGCCAUUAAAGGUUUAAACGGGCAGAAGCCACCGGGUGCUACAGAGCCGAUCACGGUGAAGUUUGCCAACAACCCCAGUCAGAAGAGCAGCCAGGCGUUACUCUCUCAUCUGUACCAGUCACCCAGCAGACGAUACCCAGGACCACUGGCGCAGCAGGCUCAGAGAUUCAGGCUGGACAAUUUGCUCAACAUGGCGUAUGGAGUCAAGAGUAGAUUCUCACCAGUGAACAUUGACGGGGUCACCAGCCUGGCGGGCAUCAAUCUUCCGGCUCACGCCGGUGCAGGGUGGUGCAUUUUCGUGUAUAAUCUGGCACCUGAUGCGGACGAGAGUGUCCUCUGGCAGAUGUUCGGUCCGUUCGGCGCCGUGACCAAUGUUAAGGUCAUACGAGACUUUAACACGAACAAAUGCAAAGGCUUCGGCUUCGUCACCAUGACUAAUUAUGACGAGGCAGCCGUAGCGAUCGCCAGUUUAAAUGGGUAUCGACUCGGUGACCGAGUUUUACAGGUCUCUUUUAAAACUAACAAAACGCACAAGGCCUGAAGAACUGAACAUGGCAGCAAAUAAUCCUUUAAUGUUUCGUUUUUCAUUGUUUUUCUAAAACUUGAGUUUUAUUUUUAACAUCAUCCGUUUGAACGGCGGGUGUGGUGCGUGUGUGUACGAGUGUGUGCUUUUCAGUUGGCUUUUUAUUUUAUUGUAGUUAAUUUUCGGUUGCUUUCAAGUUAAUUUAAAAUAGGAAAUCUUUAAAAUUUAAGCUACUUUGGUUGCUAAUUUAGUUUGAGUUUGCAAAUUGCUUGUUUAAUGUACAAAUAAUAAAUGGGGAAAAAAAUUCUAUAAAGUGAUAACUUGCCAAAGAGCAAAACCCUUUUUGAUGUUUCGAUAUUCCAAGACUCACUUGAGAGGAAGAAUUACUUUAUGUUCAGCGUUGAUUUUGGUUUGUUUUGUUAGUCUCAUUUUUAAAAAGAUUUCAUUCUGGUCAGUGGUUUUGGAGUGGCAUUGUUAUAAUUAUUGUAAAUAAGGUUGUUUUGCUUUGUUUUCUUCUAUUAAGAGAAAUGUGGACACUUUAGUUUUCUUUGAUUUCAGACACCAUAUAUUUGUAUGGUUUAAAGCUGUGCCACGUGUUUGUGCUGUUUUGAUUUGGAUUUAAAAGCUUGGGGUGUAUUUGUACGUUAGGAGCUGAUAUGUCUUGGUGAUUGUACUUUCUUGUGUGAUCUUGAAUGCUGUGGAAUUGAAGAUUGUGAACACUCUUAAUUCAUGAUAUCCUUUUGCACCACCUUUGAAAUGCUCUACAAGUUUUGUUGGGUUUAUACUUUAAAAUUGCUUUUGGUUUAAUGAUUAAGGUUAAAAAAAAAACGGGUGAAUGAGCUGUGAUCUCCUUGAGGCAGAGUCGGAAAGCAUUCCUGGCUCUCCUCGUGAGCUGCUAACGUCUGCAGUAUGACUGCAUAUAAUGUGUGUGAAUGAAUCUUGAUUUGAACGUGUACAGUAUGAUUUCUUUCUUAAUUUUGGAUGUACAGUAUCUUUAUGUUAAGUAUUUAAAUGAGACGAUAUGUACAUGUUCUUUUGUGUUUGGAGUCAUUUGUAUU